CUUAUUUUAAAAAAAAUUGUCAGUCCAACAUCACAUAAACUUUCCCAUUAUUUUUACCGUAUAUACACAAAAUAAUCUAAAUUAUGCCUUUUGUUCUUUAACAGCUAUUGUUGUAAAGUAAUUUUUAAAAUAUGGAUGGAGAACCUGAAGCGUUAUCAGAUACAGGAACGAAUUGUAAUUUCGCAUCCGCUUCCGAAACUCUUUCUGACAACAUUCAAGCAAGACUCGAUUCAUUGGAAAAGAAAGCUGUCCAUUUAAGAUUAGUAUUAGAAAAAGACUUCAAAGCCGCUGAUAUAAAGUGGAGUCUUUUCGUGGCGGCAGCAUUUAGUUUUCGAUACGAAAGUUGUUUGAGACCAUUUCCGCCGGCAUUUCUGAAAAAUGGCGUUAAAGACAUGGAUGAAUUAUUAAGCGUCGUCACGGAUGUUCCGGCUUUGGAUCUGGUUUUACAACAACUAGAUAAUCUUGACAAUUUGGAAAAUAUUAGCGAUAUUAUAGAUCUACUAUUCUACGUGCUUGUUAGGUUAAAAGAACCAAGUCUGAAAACAGUGGUGCCAGAAUCGCAUGAGGCGAUUUUAAUAAAUGCGCAUUCUGCAAACCCAGCACCAAAACCUCAAUUUAUUUUCCAAGUAGUCUAUUCAACAAAGUCGAAUUCAGAAAUAAAAUGGAAGGAGUUAUCGAAAAAUCACAAAUUAUUCUAUGCCUAUCACGGGAAUCGCUUAGAACAUUUUUACUCAAUUCUUAAUUUUGGACUUCAACAACAUUUAAAUAAGACUACGUUAUUGGGUAACGGUAUACAUCUUUCGCCCGAGCUCAGUAUAAGCAUGCCUCAUAGCUAUGGUGGAUUCGGCUGGGGUGCGAGUUGCAUUGGCGGACAUUUAUCCUGUGUCGCACUGUGUGAAAUAAUAGACACUCCCGAAGGAAUCAACUACCAAAGACCUGUAUCAAACGAAGGGGAUGGUCGUUGUAAAGAUGAUAGUGAAGAGCAUGGAGACACAAGUUUUGAUCAGAAACAUAUAAAUUACCUUGUCACUAAUUGCGAUUUGGUCCGAGUGCGAUAUUUACUUGUUUAUGCUAAACAACCUGCAUCUAUGAGAUUUCCUUCGUCAAAUACAAAUAGAAAUGCUGGUGGCCUUCGAGAAUGGGUCACAAGACACAAGUUGUUUUCAAUCCUACUUGGCUAUGGACUAUUGCUCGCGACCAUUGGUUUCGCCAGUAACCAACCAGUUAACUAUUACUACAAGAUGAUAUUAAAGAAACUAGAUGUAGCACUUAGUAACGUGAAAGUGUAAAAUUUUUGAUUUUGUACAAAUUUUUUGUCCCACUUUUGUAACUACUUAUAAUGUUUUUAAACAAAUUGAUUAAAUAAGAUAUGCAUAAAAUUCUU